UCCUAGAUUUAUGGAGAAUUUUAGCCCCAGAAGUGAUAAAUUAAUCCAAAGAGGAACCAAAGAGGGAAUGACAGGAAGGCGGAGGGAGGGGAGGAAGGAUGAAGAGUGGAGAAGGAAGGAGGAAGGACAGGAAGAGGAAGGAAGGAAAGGGAAUGGAGUCAUGAACCCAUUGGAACAAUGGUCAGAUCUGUCAGAUAGUGGAUACGGUAUCACAAGGGACCAUCUUUACCAGACCAUCCAUCCG